GUGCUUUUUCAUCCCCACUUAUAUAUACAACCACAAUUUCUCCUUCCCAAAAUCUAAUCCCAACCUCUCUCUCUCCCCUUCUCCUUCACCCGCUCAACUCCAAUGGCUCUCAUCCGAGAACGCCGCCAGCUCAACCUCAGCCUCCCGUUACCGGAGCCCUCCGAGCGCCGCCCACGUUUCACUCUCCCUCUCCCUCCCACUGCCGCCAUAGUCGCCGCUGCUCCUAACUGCUCAUCCUCCUCUUCUUCCUCCUCCGCCAUCUCCUCCUCCGACCUAGAGAGACUCGAGGUCCUUGGCCACGGCAACGGCGGCACCGUUUACAAAGUCCGCCACAAGCGCACGGGAGCUAUGUACGCCUUAAAAAUAGUGAAAGGCGACUCCGACCCCACCGUCCGCCGCCAGCUCUACCGUGAAAUCGAAAUCCUCCGCCGCACGGACUCCCCCCACGUCAUCCACUGCGAUGCCAUCAUCGAGAAGCCGACCGGAGACAUAUGGAUUCUCAUGGAGUACAUGGACUCGGGAACACUAGAGAGUUUGCUCAAACAGCACGGCACGUUCUCCGAGGCCAAGCUCGUCCACGUCGCCCGCCAAGUCCUCAACGGCCUCAACUACCUCCACGCUCAGAAGAUCAUCCACCGUGACAUCAAGCCGGCGAACCUGUUGGUCAACAGAGACAUGGAAGUCAAGAUCGCCGACUUCGGCGUCAGCAAAAUGAUGUGCCGAACCCUAGAUAACUGCAACUCGUACGUUGGGACUUGCGCUUACAUGAGCCCGGAGCGGUUCGACCCCGACACUUAUGGUGGGAACUACAAUGGUUACGCUAGUGAUAUAUGGAGCUUGGGUCUGACUCUCAUGGAGCUUUACAUGGGUCACUUCCCGUUCUUGCCUCCGGGUCAGAGACCCGACUGGGCGACCCUUAUGUGCGCCAUAUGUUUCGGGGAGCCGCCGGUCCUGCCGGAGGGAGUGUCGGAGGAGUUUAGGAGCUUUAUGGAAUGUUGCUUGCAAAAGGAGUCGGGGAAGAGGUGGACGGCGGCUCAGCUUUUGAACCACCCGUUUGUUUUAAGUAGAUAUCCGAAAUCCAUUCGAUGAAAAUGAUUUUUGUUCAUAUUUGUUUGUGUCGAAUAUCCGCGCGGCGGGAUCCGAUUGCAAUUACUAGUCGGGUCGCCGGGUUUGACAUGCAACUUUUUGAACACUACUACGUGGUGUAGGAUACUACUGAGUAACAAUUGUAUAUACUGGCCGGGAUUCAGAUUCUUUAAUGUUACAUAUAUUGUUUCUUCA